GUGCACUCUCGGUCAAGGGUAUAAAGAUACUCUAUCCGACUUUCAUUUUGGCGGAAUACAAAGAAAAGAAAAUAAAGCCAAUUCAUCAAUUAGCCAAACAUUCCAUUCAAAGUAUUGAUAUUCUUUUUCAAUCAGCCGUACCGAAAAUCUUUAACGCAUCAUGAGCAACACGAAUAUCACGCUUUUCGAGAACCCAGAUCUCUGCACACUAUCAACCUGCCCGCUUAGCCUAGCCAAUGUCGACUACGAUCCAUCUCUAUGGGGCAAUCUUUUACUUCUAGCACUCUUUGGUGCUGUUAUGAUUUGCCAAAUUGGCAUGGGCAUUCGCUAUAGAACAUGGAGUUAUCUCAUCGCUAUGACAGGGGGAUUGAUUCUUGAGGUUAUUGGAUAUGUUGCGCGAGUGCAAAUGCACUAUAAUCCUUUUACACAGAAUCCUUUCCUGAUGUACCUAGUUUGUCUGACCAUUGCGCCUGCAUUCCUAUCGGCAGCAAUUUACCUCUGCCUUUCCCGCAUUAUCAUCGCUUACGGGGAAUCGAUAUCCUAUUUCCGUCCCCGAACCUACACUGUUCUAUUUAUCACCUGCGACAUCAUUGCAUUGCUGCUGCAAGCUGCCGGUGGCGGAAUUGCCUCAAGCGCAAAUACGAAAAGCCUCACAGACAUAGGAAUUAACAUCAUGGUCGCUGGUGUAUCAUGGCAAGUAUUCAGUCUUGCAUUAUUUGGCGCGCUGUGUUGUGAUUUCGUCAUUCGAGUUCGCGGAGCCCCUCCAUCCAGUCUUAAUGUUCAGUUUGAAGAUCUUCGCAGAAGAAAGUCGUUUUAUUACUUUAUAUUUGCUCUGGUUGUGGCCACGGUCACGAUAUUCGUUCGUUCGGUUUUCCGCUGUGCUGAGCUUUCUGGUGGAUUCCAUGGCCCAUUGGCCAAUGAUGAAGUCACCUUCAUGGUUCUAGAAGGUGCAAUGAUUUCUAUUGCUGUUAUUGCAUUAACAGUAUUCCACCCAGGGUGGGUGUGGAAAGAACUAUGGAGCCAGGCCGUGUGGCAUUUGAGAUCUAGUAAUGACGGAGAUAUGGAGGAGAAGGGACCCUCUACUUAGCUAUGAUUUCACACAAAUAUUUUUCUUCAUGUUUAGAG